GACCUCCUCCUGCGAAUUUUGUGAACACUUUGGCGGCAUUUGGAGGAGGUGCCAUGAUGGGCGAUGCGUUCCUCCACCAGCUGCCUCACGCGUUUGGAGAUUCAAGCCAUUCUACGCAUUCGCACUCUCAUUCCCAUCAUUCACACGAUCAUGAUAACGGAGGUCACGCUCAUUCGCUUAAGGAGAUCUCAACUGGACUUUGUGUUCUCGCCGGAAUUUUACUGUUCUUCAUGGUUGAGAAGAUAGUGCGCUACGUCGAGGAGCACGGUUUUCAAACUUCGCAUUCACAUCACCACCAUCCCAAAAAAAAUGAUGGUAAUGCACCUGACUGCGACAAAAGUUCUGAAACUGAAAAGAUCCCUCCAAAAAAUUCCAAGAAGAAAAAAGCACAGAAGAACGCUGAUGGAUCUAAACUUGUGCUGGGUUAUCUGAACCUGUUCUCCGACGGAGUGCAUAACUUCACCGACGGAAUGGCGAUAGGAGCAGCUUUUCUUCUAUAUGGAACAAAAGGAGGCUGGUCCAGAACGUUCUUCCUUCUUGUCCACGAGCUUCCUCAAGAGGUUGGAGAUUUUGGAAUUCUUGUAAGAUCUGGCUUCACUGUUUUCAAGGCUUUGGCAUUCAACUUUUUGUCUGCGUUGGUUGCUUUGGCUGGCACUGCCGUGGCGCUGGUUUUUGGGGCCAAUCCCGAGCAGUCAUCGGUGAUUGAGGCGUUCACGGCCGGAGGCUUUUUGUACAUCUCCUUGGCAGGAGUUAUACCUGAAAUGCAUCAGCAAGGAAGCUCUAUCAAGAGCACAUUGCUCCAGCUGUUUGCAUUAACCUGUGGAAUCGGAACUGCGGUUGCAAUUUCCAUCGCAGAGUGAAAGAUAGGUACUUCAAGACGAUUCUUUUAUUUAAUCUCUUAAUUGAAAGAUUGACAACAAA